AGAACAAUGCCAUGUUCCUGUCAGGAAACAAAAAGCAGUCAGUAAAGAUUCGAGACCAGUCAGUGGAUCUAAGAGAAACAAAAGAUCUAUAUGGUCGGUUUAUGGUUCUCGCCAGAUCGAACCGGGAUAUUGAUAUGAAAAAUGCUGUAGGGAAAUAUGAAUUUACAAUAACUCCCAGAGCACUGUUUGCCCCAAAUGGAUCCGUCCUUCCGUGUACUGACAAGUCAAAGCUCAUACAUUGUCUGGAAAAAGUGAAAAUAAAUGAAGAAGUCCAACAGACACAAGCACAGAUGUCUGCAGAACAUGGUGAUGGACCUGAAACAUCUUUAACACCAUCCAAGAGUCCGCAAAUCGCUGUGGUGGAUGGAAUGGUUCUAGUCCAGCAGUUGGCAAUGAAACAGGGGACAAUCAGUACAGUCAAAGAUCUGGGCCAGCACUUUAAUGACAGACUCUUGAUGCUGACAGCAGAUUUUGAUGAGGUUAUUCUGGUCUUCGACACCUAUAAAGCUGACUCACUGAAACAGAAAACAAGGGAGAAACGACAACAAGGCAAAGAUCCCAUUCAAUACCAGAUUGAUGAUAAAACCAACAUCAAACAUAUACCAAUGAGACGGUUCCUAUCUCAUGAACAGACCAAAGCUGAUCUAACUGAGUACCUUGCACAAGCAGUCCUCAACCAGAAUGCAAACUCCCAAAGGUUGUUCAUCACAUCGGCCUCAGGCAGCACAAGAAGCAAUCGCAGCAAAAUGUGUUUUGAAGAAAACAACCACGAGGAGGCUGACACACUAAUGAUAUGCUUAGCAGCAUCUGCAGCACAGCGCUGCCCAAAAGCACGGAUGGUCAUCUUCAGCCCAGAUACAGAUGUCUUAGUUCUGGCUGUUGCACACUACGAGAAGCUCUGUAGAAACAGUGCAAUACAUAUGGCAUCGGGUACUGUGGAGAUUGAGCCAAUCUGGAAGGCACUGGGACAAGAGAAGGCAGGAGCAUUACCAGCAUUCCAUGCAUUCACUGGAGCUGACAAUGUUGGGAGAUUCUCCAGAAUCAGCAAAACUAGAUGGUUUCAACAGUACAUGAAGGCUGACAAGGACAUCUUCUCCGCCCUGGUGAAACUCUCUGACGAAGGCGACGUGCAACAGGAAGUAAAAGAUGCGCUGGAAAAGUUUGUGUGCUCAGUGUACUGCCCGAAAGGCAUUGACAUAAAAAACAUUAUAGACCUAAGGUGGCAUCUCUUCUGCAAGCACCUGGCUGAAAGCAGCAAGCUGCCUCCCACAGUCGAUGCCCUUGCAGAACAUAUUGAACGUGUCCGGGUCCAAAGUAGGGUGUGGUGCCAAGCCACUGUGAUGUGGCAAAAACCUUUUGACCCACUCCAACAUGGCUACUAUCAAGACCCCAAUGGCAAGAUACUGCCUACUACAACAAAGGUUGCACCUGCACCACAGGCCAUUCUAGAGAUGGUCAGGUGUAACUGUAAAACCAACUGCACAACCCAGCGGUGCUCAUGCAGGAGACACAAUCUGGCCUGCACAGACCUUUGUUUGUGUGGAAGUGAAUGUGAGAAUGAUGCAGACUGCGGUGGCCCGAAUGACACCGAGGAAAGUGAUGAAGACCUGUGAAAGCAUAAGGACCAUUGCCAGCAAUUCCAGUGUCUCCACACUCAAUCCCAUAUGAUUGGACUCAUCGCUGAGAGACAACAGACCCGUCCUAGGACUCACUCUCCAGAUCUGGACUUACACUGGGUUAGCCCCUCAGCCCCCUUGUAAAGAAUUUUAUAUUGAGAGUUUUUGAGUUUUUGGGUUUUGAGUUUUCUGUGCCGACCGAGUCCCGACUGUUACCAGCCUAUGGUGUAAUAAAUGUAUAUCACAUUAAUGUAUGGAUUAUAGUUUUAAUUUACCUUUGUCAUUGUUUAUAUAAUCAUAUGCAGAAAUUUUAAGUAUUUUGUCCCCGGACUUCUGACAUGGGGUCAUUAAGGGGGAUUAGAGUAACAAUUUCCUUUUCCACUUCUUGGGGGUGCCACAAUUUUCUUUCCCACCCCUAGGGGGCGCCACAGCACG